AUGUCUGGCAAUGAAAGUGAGGUGGAUGACUUCUUAUCUGAGGAAGAAGACAAGAAUGUUCUAAUAACUUCAAAGAAAGCUUCGCUAAGGGAAGCUGUCGGGAGCGACGCUAGUGAUGAGGCGUUAAGCGCUGAGGAAAGCGAGAAAGAAUUCGACGCUUCCGGGCACGACGAAAAUGACUUGAAUGAUGAGUCCAUCUCGCGCUGCGCAUCGGAAUCAAAACAAAUUGAAUCAAAGCCAGAUGAAAGGGACAAAGGACAAAAGAUGGAAGUUUCCAAUGCCCAAAGAGUGGAGAGAAUAAAAAAACUUAGAGCCACAAAUAAUACUAAACAUAAAACUGGUGUCGUCUAUCUAUCAAAAAUACCCCCUUACAUGAAACCAGCUAAAAUGAGGCAAGUACUUUCGCGAUUUGGGGAAGUGGACAGGUUAUUUUUGAAGAGAGAAGAAGAGCAUAAAUAUAAAGCUCGAGUAAAAGGUGGUGGAAAUAAAAAACAGAUGUUUGAAGAGGGCUGGGCGGAGUUCAUUAGAAAAAAAGAUGCAAAGCUGUGUGCUACAACCUUGAACGGAAAUAUUGUUGGAGGUAAAAAGGGUAAUUUUUACCAUGAUGAUGUUAUGAACGUGAAAUAUCUACCUGGUUUCAAGUGGGCGGAUCUUACUGCCCAGAUUGCUCGCGAAAAUGAUGUGAGACAAGCUAAACUGCAACUUGAGAUUUCUCAAGCGAAUAAGCUUAACGCAGAGUAUAUUAGAAACGUGGAAAGGAGCAAAAUGGUUAAUAAAGUGCAAUCCUCGAAAAAGCAGUCGAGGGCCUCAAAUGGAAAUGCAGAGACUCGCAACUUUAAACAGCGCAAAGUCACAAGCAAUAGAGCCAACGAUGACGAAAGAAUGAAGGAGCAGGCAUCGAGAAAUCUCGACUCAGUGAUAGAUAAUCUGUUGUAA